AGUUAUUUGUCUCAGCCUUUCAAGUGGACUGCCUCGCCUGUCAGAGCAUCUCAGACAUGCAGGAGGAUGAAACAUACACCUCUCUUCAGUGGGAUAAUCCAACACCAAGCCCUUACCAAAAGCAUCGGUCUUCCACCAAAAAUUCAGGAGCAUGGUGUCUGGUGGUGGUGAUUUUGUGUAUUUUCUGCACAGGCUCAUUAACAACCUCCAUUUUCUUGGGUGUCAAGUUGUUCCAGGUGUCCACUGUUUCAAGGAAGCAGCAAGAAGAACUCAUCCAACAGGACAGAACCCUGCUCAACUGCACACGAUGGAAUGGAAACCAUCGCCUCCAGAUGAAAUGUUGUCAAACCUUGACGCAAAACUCUUUCCAUUCAGCCCAUAAGCACGGCCCUUGCCCAGACAACUGGAUUCAGAAUGGAGAAAGUUGUUACCAUGUCUUUGAAAACUGGAAAGUUUGGCACGCUAGUCAAGAGGCUUGUUUCGAGGAAUGUUCUAAACUUCUACAAAUAGACACCAAAGAAGAAAUGGACUUUAUCGCUGGCAGCCUGAGGAAGACCAAAAGCAACUAUGAUUACUGGGUGGGACUGUCUCAGGCUGGACCCAGCCAACCUUGGCUUUGGCAGGAUGGCUCUCCUGCUCCUGACCUGUCGCCAGCACAGGGACCCCCAUCAACUAACCGGGUGUGUGGAUACCUCAAAGACAAAAUCCUUUCUUCCGCCAACUGCAGCAGCUGGAAAUAUUUCAUCUGUGAGAAGUAUGCAUUAAGAUCUACCUGAAAGAAACUGAGCUUGAAGUCAUCUCUCUAUCAUGAUAGUAUGUGCAACAGGUUGUUGGAAAACCUAUCACAAAGAGCCCAAAAGCCAGCACACAAGUAAACCAGUCAGAGGGCUGUGAAACUCUCUACCUGUAACCCAAAUCUGUCUAGCAUUUACACUUGGCAAUAUUCCUCAAUCCUUUCCAGACAGUCUUUUGAUGUUGUUCAAAAAAAUUGAUAAGAAUAAAAUUGAUUUAGAGCAUUAGAGGAUGAAACCUUAAAGAGCUGAGAACAAACUAAAGAAAAAUUAUUUCCAUUGGUCAUUUUUUGUCUUUCUCUCCUUCUAUUUUUAACCUAGUGUGCGUUUAAACUCCGCAGAGAAAUCUGUAAGUCAGUGGGGAGAUGUGCAGUUUUAGCUGACUGAUACUCUUUUUUAGUAAAUAAAGAGACAUGAUCUUUUAAACUCACUGUUUGCCAGAUCUUUCUAU